UUUCAGGCACCACAUUUAAAAGGAUUUAUUAUUUGCACUUUUUGAAUAUAUACUAGGAUUCUCUGUGACCAUUUACAGUGAUUGUAAUUAAAAUAAACAGACAUGUUACACUUGCCUGUUCUGUGCAAUAGCCAUGGACCUCCUUUUCUGGGGUCUCCCGCACAGGGGCGGACUGACAACUUUGACCAUUUGGGAACUGCCCGAGGGCCCGGGGUCAGUAGGGGGCCCCAUGAGAUGCCCCUGGGACCUUUUUCAUCUGCUUUUUUGAGUUUGGGCAAGGACACAGGGGUCCCAUGAUCCCCUAUUGCCCAGGGGCCCCAUGAGUUGUCAGUCCACCCCUGCUUACG